GCAGCAAAACAACCACACAGAGAGCCACUGCAUCACUCUCUGCAGCUAUGAACGAGACUGCAGACCCUCUUGACAACCCAUGCCCUCAACUGCGAGUUGUGGCCGCAUUUUUGCGUCGGAAAGGAACGGAUGACGACAUUGUUCCGCUGAAGACUGCACGAUAUGAGCCGAAGAAUUAUGAGCUGCUGAUGCUGAGCCGGCCGGAGACGCCGUUGGUUGAGUCCCGCGGGUUUCCGCUCGGACCCGUGAAGUAUGGCGAGGAUCCGGCGAGAACUGUGCAGCGCGAGAUGUUUAGCUGGGGGAAGCGACUGCAGGAGCAAAACGGCUUGGAACAACGAGGAUUGAGAGCCAAGAGGGCAAUCUUUGUGUUGUGUUUGGGAGCAACGAACGAUGAUGGAGAUAGUGAUCGUUCAUCACUGUCUAUGCUUUAUAUUCUACCAGUGUCUCAAGCUGAUACUGCUUUCAUUCAGCAUCUUCAACAUGGAACGUUCAAGCUGCAGUUCUACUGUCUUCAGGAAACACUUACAAAAGUCAUUCGUAAUGAAGUUGUUGCCACACCAGCGACAAAAGCAAUGUUAUCUAGUUUGGACAAAUAUCUUCGUGAUCAGCAUAAUAUCCCUUUUGCUCUACAAUCGAUGUUUCUUGGAAACAUCAGAAAGAGACUGAAAGCUGCAGUCAUUAGUCCUCUCUUUAUGCGACAGAAACCGACAGUAAACAUUGUCCACCCUGAUGAUACAGGAUCAGGAGAUGAGGAAGGAGCUUAUGUAGAGAUUGGACGUCAACCUGCACCUUGGACUGAAGACACACUGAAGCUGCCAGAUAUAAAGCCAAAAGACAGAGCAAAUCUCUACUUUGUGAACACUCUGUUUGGUACUGGAAACCAGGCAAUGAAUAAGGUGAAUGUGUUUAUUGUAAAUAAGUAUUUUGGACGUGGAGUUCCUGACUACUCUCAAAUCAAAGUUGAGAAAAAGAAGAAGAAAUGGGAGAUGGAAGUUCCUAGCAAUGGGGGCCUUGAUUGGGUUGACGAGUUUCCAUUGCAUCGUGCAGCUUGUGAGGGAACAGUCGUUGGUGUUUUGUCUUUAAUCAAUGAGGGAUACGAUGCCAACCAACCAGACACAGACACGUGGACUCCCCUUCAUUACGCAGCAUGGUACGGUUACGGCCCUGUUGUUAAGGCUUUGAUUGCUGAAGGACUCGCCAAACCAACUACUGUGAACGAGAAUGGAUCAACACCUCUGCAUUUGGCUGCGAGUACUGGCCGUCCAGAAGUGGUACAAAUUCUCUUGCUUAAUUCAUCUGUGAAUAAGGAUGCCAGGGACAACGGUGGACGCAGUCCAGUUGAUUUGUGUGAGGAAUGUAAGAUGAAUGAUUGGGAAGUUGCAAUUAUGUUGCUGAGGGGUGACGCUGUUGACAUUGGACAUGCAUAUCGUGUAGCGGCUGAGGCAGCAGCUGCUAUGGGCAAGGGUGCUGCAGCAGCUAAAACGAGAAGAUACCAGAAAAUAGCUGACAAGACUGAGAAGAAAGUAAAGGUUGAGGUACUGGAUGGCACUAGCAAAACAUAUGCUCUUGAGAAAGGAAACGAAUCGACAACCAGGGACAUACUAGAGUAUGUCUACAAAGACAUCAACCUGGCUGAAGAUUGUCGGUUUGUGUUUGGCUUAUGGAUCAUGUCACCAAGCUUGCAAUGGGAGUUAUCCGAAGAUCACAAAGUUAUCUCUCACGUGAAACAGUGGCCACAACUGAUUGACCAAUUAACAGACAGCGAUCCAGAAAACGAGACACCGACACUUUGUCUAAAACGCACGUGUGUUAUGUCAAAGAGCCAAGAACGCAAAGUCAAGGAUCCAAAGGCAAUACAGCUGCUCUUUGCUGAAGCUCAACAUCUGGUCCUGUCGUCAGGGUAUGUUUGUAAUGAGGAUGAUGCUGUGUAUUUGGGGGGAAUUGCUAUGCAGCUUGCGUUUGGAAAUCACAACUCAGAACUUCAUAAACCGGGGUGCCUCAGAGAUUCAUUGGACAAAUUUGUGCCAGAAAAAUUGAUAACGACACAGAAUGCGGCAGAACUAGAAGAAAGAGUUCUUCUUGAACACGCUGACAUUUCCAAACGAGAGUUGGACGACGUUAAACUACUCCAUUUGCUUUACUUGCAACACUGUCGGCAUUGGCCCAUUUACGGAUCAACAUUCUUUAGAGGAAACAUCCAACCAAAGACGAGUUUGUUGCAUCGGAGAACGCGAACUCCUGUUCGAAUUGGAGUCAAUAUGAAUGGCAUUCACGUUGUUAAUCAAAUGACAAAUCAACUCAUUCUAAGUGUGUCCUAUGAUACACUUGAGUGGAAUGCUGACAAUGCUUCUGGAGAGUUUCAUCUUGGCAAUCAAGAUGGCACGAUAGACAUGGUGAUUUACACACGCCAGACAGCACUCCUUAGUGGACUAGUGAGAGCCAUUGAACAUCACAAUGAGACAGAAAAGCAACAGGAGCAAGUAGCUCGGAUUGCAAGUGAAACCAAACAGUUUGUGUCUGCUCGAGCUCAAGAUAAUCAAGCACGUCAUCGAAGUUCAGGAAUUCAACCCGGAGUAAAGGGAGUUUCUAGAGAGAGGAGAGUUUGGAAAAACCAGCAGCCAGUACCUCAGGGAGACUACAAGUCAUGGAAAGUGAGGACAGAGCAGGAAGAAGCAGCCAGGCUAGAAAUUACACGAGGAUUUGGGUAUAUCCAGAAUGACAGAAGGAAUACGUUAGCUGAAAUGACAUUUGAUAAGUUUGCUCAGGAUGGAGCAGCCGGGAAAGAAGUCGACUGUGAAAAAUUCAACCAGUUGUGCUAUGAGUUUGGUCUAUUUAUGUCUGAUGAAGAUGUCAUUGGUGCACAGCAGAUGAUGGGCACAGAAAAGUUUGGCUUCAAAGAGUUUGUGACGUGGUGGUCACAGGCAAAGAGGAAAUGGUUGUUCCUAUUGGACGAUCAUGCACUGAGGCAGAGACAAAGAGCCACCAAGAUGUUCCGAAGAUUUGAAACGUCAAACGGCUUCCUAGCUCACAGUCGCAUUACAGAGCUUCUAGAUCACAUGAAUUCAAUCAAUGGAGUGACCCUCCCUGCUGGUGGUGAUACAUACGAGUGUCAAUACAUUCUCGAGACACUGACAUUAGACACCGGCAAACUGGACUUCAAUGAAUACAUAGAUUGGUUGGCUGUAUGGGACUGCAUUCCAGACAAAGCCUGGGCAACAUGCCCUCCAGUUAUUCGAGAAUCAGGCCUAAUAGCCGCAGAACCAACGGAGUUCGCAGAUACACACUAAGAAAACACUCCACCUCGUAUAAAAC